UCCCGCUGGACUAGUUGCUAUAAAUCUUUGGCAUGAGAACGUUAUUAAAGCCUCUACACAUAUUGAGUACUAUACUGCCACUGGAGAGAUUGAACGUCUGCUUACUAAAGUAAUUGAUCCAAUAGCUUUUAUUUGCCAGGCAUUUAAUGUUUAUUCCUUAAAGGACCUCGAUCUGGUGUUGAUGAAAUCACUGCAUAAAAAGAUGUCUUCUUGUGAAUUCAGUCUCCACGAAAUUAUACAACAUGCUAACACUAGACAUUCUGAAGAGAUCCCAACCCUUCUUCACUGUGCAGCAAAGUGUGGACUCAAAGAAGUUGCUCUUCUCCUAAUGAAUUGCCAAGGAGCAGAUCAAAUUUCUCGAAUAACCAAUAAGUAUGGAGAAGAUCCUGCUACAAUAGCUGAGAAACAUGGUCACAAAGAAAUUCAGAAUAUCAUCCAACAACUGACAAUAAAAUUUAGCAAGGAUGAUGUAAAUGUAGAGCAUUUGGACAAAGAGCCUGAAGAGAUAUAUGUAGACAUGGUGCCAUAUGCUGAUGGGGAAGGUUGUGACCAUGGAUCAAAGGAGAGUACAUUUGAUGAAAGAGAAGAAAUUUCACACAAUGAAACUUUAGAGGAAAAUGAUAAAGUGUAUCCACAGAAUGAAGACUCCAAUGAAAACCCCCAAUUAACAGGAUAUGCUAAGAGCCCUGAAGACAUUUCAGAAGGGGAAAUUAACUGCAAAGAAUCUGAUGCUAACCAGUAUCGGAAUGACACCGACAAGACCAGUGGGGAGGUUGAAAACAGAGAAAAGAAAAAAAUCAAAGUCUUUUCUGAUUCUGACAGUGAUGAUAACAUACUUCUGUCGCAUCUUUUUGGGUAUGAUAAAGAAGAGGCUCAGAACGUCUACCAUAUUUAUACCCCUGACUUACCUCAAUCUGAUAAUGCAACAGUAGCUGUGGAGAUGAAGGAUGGGAUGAUGUUAAAAUAUUCCCAAGUAGGUUCAGAGGAAGAAUGCAAACAUGAAACUGAAUCAUGGAAUGAACAAGAUAAGUGUACCGAAGAAAUAACUGACAAUAAUGAAGAACCACUUAUAGUGGCUUCUACAGAUGAUGAUUUGUAUGUAGUAUUUGAAACUUCCACAAAAGAUACACAACAAAAACAAACAUAUUCUGUACAAGAACAAACAGUUCAAGAACCAACAUCGGUCUCGGCAAUAGAAUGUGGUGCAUUCUAUACUGAUCCAGAUUACACAGAAGAAAUUGAUAAAAACCUGCCAUGGAAUAAAAACAUGGAAUACCCUGAGGAGGGAAACCGAAAUGAAGAUGAUUUUGAGCCACAUAUUGUUGCUACUACAGAAGAUGAUGUCUACAUAGCAUUCCAGACUUCUAUUAAAGAUAAGCCAAAAGGUCAAGGCUAUGUACCUGCUUUACAACCCAUAGGCCCAGAACCACCGUUUAACCAAGAAUGGGAAAGUGGAGAAUACAGCAUUUAUAAUGCUGUAGGAAGAGUAGACAGCAGCCUUCAAGACACACAUUGGGAUGAGGCCAGUUAUAGCUACACUUAUGAUGAAGAGGACCCUUACAGCUUUGCUUAUGAGGAUGAUGACAACUUGUAUAUGGAGUUUCCCUUUGAAACCACUGAUGCAGAAUCAGGUAGAGGAAAUAAAUCCUCUUUUGUCCACCGAGCUCCUGCUCCUGCUCCUCGCCAUGGAGUGCCACCCACAGACAGCCAUGCAUCCUACAUCUCCCAAGUGUUCCAGCAAAAGCAAGAAGAUAAAAAAAUGUAUGGCACAAUUCAACAUCCAGCAAUCCUUCAGAAAAUGGAAGAGAAAAAACUGUAUAGCACAGUAUCAUACCCAGCAACAGGCAAAAUGCCAACUCCCACUCAGGAUAUUCAAUCCACCUUUCAACAAAGUUUGCCUACUGGACAAGAUGAGUUAAUAUUGCUUCAAGAGAAGGUUAAGAUGGGCAUUCUAAGCAUGGACGAAGCUCUUCACAAAUUUCAGCUGUGGCAGAAUGAAAAGGCUAGCUUAGACCUUCUUCAAAAGAAGAAGAUACGGCAGUUGCGUGACAGCAUUAUUGGUGACAAGCCAGAAGAUGAAAAGCUUUAUGACAAAAUUACUAUUGUUCAUCAACCAAAUGUGCUGCCUGCAAAACAAAGAAUGCAGUCUAAGGACUUAGAUAAUAGCAUAUACCAAAGACCCUUCAACCCUGCAGCUCUCAAGAAAUAGGAAGAAAAUGUUUUCUGAGUGAACCACAAGUACAUAACUAUUAAAGAAGAUUGAUAUUAGAAUGUUGGAAAACUAUGCUAUAUUAGAAAAGUUUGUCUAUCUUCAUGGAUUGUCUACAUUUUUUUGCUGUAUAACUUUGUGCAAGAAUACUGCUAGCUUGUUAUUUUAGAUAUUAAAGAUAUUACAGGUAGCUACAUAAAAUGUGAAAUCAUAAUGUUGACCUAACUUCCAGUCUUUUGACAUAUGUAGCCACUCCUGAAAUCAUACAUGAAGUAUUGCAGGUUGAACAUUGAUCUAUAUAUGUGCUGAUGUGAUGUU